CAGAAGCGAUGGUGGUGUGGGUGCGUGAGAGAGUCAGUCGCGGAGGAUGACCUAGACGACGAGGCUCGCAGGGCAGGACGUCCAAAGGCGAGGGUGAAGAAAAGCGCCCAUCACACAGAUAAUUGCACGAUUAGCCGCCCACUGAUUUGGCGGCGCGGCUAGCCGGAUUCGUCAGGGAUGGGCCACCUCCACGGCGUGGGAGACAUGUGCUUCGAUGGCCAGCUCCCGGCUUACAAUCACCACCGCCCAUCGUGCUUCCCUGAUGCUGAGCAGCCCUCCUCAGCCGUCAACAUUGCUGUCACCCGCCUCGUGAUCAGCCCGCGCGCUUGUUCAAUUGCAUUGGCGCAGGGGGGAGAUCAAGCUCCGCUCUGCAACAGCGACGCUCCCGCUCGAGACCACCUCCCGUCCGUCACCUUGUCGCAAACACCGCGCCCGCGUAGCGGUUCGUCCGUGUCCGUCGCUCAUUUGAACUCCCACUCGCACGACAACUGUCUGCCCUCCGACAAGGCUUCCACGCCCACCAACCUGUCCUUCGCUGCCGACUCGCAACCCCCUCCCUUCUCCUCGCUCUACUUCCCACCCGACGACUGCAUCUCUCCCGACCAAGAUCCCAGCAAGCCUGCCGUCACUUCCAGCACCUCAGAACAGCCGCCGGCCUUUGCGCCCGCUCCGCCCUUCGAGGAAUCCUCGUCAUCCGCUGCGGCUUCCACCGUUGCCGAUACCAAGGCUGCGCUACCGCGCGACACAAAAGACGGCGCUUCCAGCAAGGACAUUGACGACGGCGAACCGCCCCCACCUUACAGCGAAGGUUCCAGCCCCUUGGACUCGUUUACCUACGUCAUGGCAACUGCAGGAGGUCCCGCGAGCAUCAUCACCCAGGUGUCUCAGGGUGGAGGGCCGCCGAUAAACACGCUGAGUGCUGGUUCGGACGAGAAUAUCACGCUCGAGCUCAGAGGCGUUCGCUUCACGUUGUCGAGAGACGAGCUCCUGACGCUUCCCGAAUUCGUCCUGCUCUCGCUAUUCCCGAACGGCUUGCUCCCGGAUGGCCACAUGAACUCGUACCCUGACGCGGACGUAUACCCAGUCGACUACGACCCGACGUCGCUCCAGUACAUGCUCGACUUUUUCCGACAUGUAGCGCAGACGAUCCCCGCCUCACCGCCGUCGCCCUCGACGCUCGUGGGAGACCACCCGGCGGAGGCAGUGCCCAUCGAGCCCAUGCAUGGCUCGGCGCGCGACAUGUUGCAGGACCGCGCAGGCAUCAUCGUGCUGCGCGAGGACCUGGACUUUUACGUGAUCCCACCGCGCCGAGAGAUUGAGCAGAUGGAAAUGAUCGAGGUCAAGCGCGCAGCCGGGAAGGCGCUGCUCAAGCAAGACGGCAUCUUCUCGGGACUGCGCAAAAGCGAGGAGCCAGGGACCACGGAGCAGCACUUGAUCGAAAUGCUGACAGCCGGCGGUUUCAAUCACGACGACCGCUGGGGCCACCGUGCGGGUGAGCCCAACAAGGCCGUCAUCUGCAGCAUCGCGCUGGCGCGGCUACGGACCGACAUCAAGGGUAACGACCUGGCGACCAGCAACGCCGUCGGCAUGGCGCAGAAGCUGUUGCUCUUCUGGCGGAAGCCUGCCCGUCGCUGCUGGUGGGAGGGCGUCGAGCUCAACGACGUCGAGGGUGUCGAAGGAACCCUGAAGGUGUGGAUCCGCCGUGUUUGGACCCUUGAGAUGAGUGUCAUUGGGCUGCGCUGAUGCUGGAUCUCGCUGCCGUCUGCAUGGCAUCGAGCCUACGCGUCUGCGGCCACCCAGUGUCGCACCUUUACAUCGUAGUGCCCGGUCUCACAUGCAGGCACCGCGAUCCCGUCCGCCACG